UUAAAAUUUCCGUUAGAUAGGUACUACGCUAAUCCAGCGCCAAUAUCGUCUGCAUAGCUCCAACGUGACGUAUAUGCGCAGAACGAGAAAAAAAUGUCCGCGGAUGCCUGUAUAAUACUCAGGCCAUUGUUUAUUUAUCAGGUCAUUGUUUCUUGUUGAUGCAAGGAAAUGAUUUGGAAGUCAUGUGACAGGAGUGAGGAUUAUUGUGUGUAUGAAUUUAUGCUUGUUGUUUUGUCAGAAUAAUGGAUAUGCAUAUGAGCUUUUGGUUUGGCUCUUCGCUGGAACCAUUUCUUUUUAACGGCUAUGAUAUUUCGUCUUCAAUAGGUUUGAUAUUUACAUGCCUGGGCUUGAUGUCGUUGGGCAUUUUGUUUGAAGGCCUAAAACUGAAAGUUCAGAAACUAGCAGUGGAGCAGCGAUCUGAACUACAACUCAACCUUCAUGGCAGUGUGUGCCCCAAUGAAUGUGAUUCAUUACUUAAUGACGAAAGAAGAGCUGUCAAAAAAAGGCGUGGACCACGCGGCGAGCAGGUGCUGUGGUUCGUGAUCCAGACUCUCAUGUCGUAUGCGCUGAUGCUGGCAGUGAUGACCUUCAACGGGUACCUGGGGCUGUCCGUGGUGGGCGGGGCGGGGCUGGGCUACCUGCUGUUCGGUCCCGCCCUCAUGCAGGUGGAGCUGGACAGCGCUCGCUCCAAGAGGGACUGCCCCGCUUGCCGAGCAAAGCUGGAAGAACUGCAGCGCUCCGAAGAAACAAGCUCGCUAGUCACGGAAGUUGCCGAAGGUUUGAUCAAUUAUAUUUCUGAAGACAGCACAGCCAUUCAGAGCAGUCAGGAGCAACCUGUCGUCCGAGUGGAGUGUUGCGACGUUUGAAAACAUUGUUUGCGCUGCCCACUUUUUGGUAAACGGCUAAUCCAACACCGUAGUUUUAUACUUGAAAUAAGUUUUUGAAAUGUUUACUUCAUUCGAGCAAUAUACUGUGUGCAUAACUUGUAGUGUGAUAGUAUAGGGCUCCUCAUCAUGCUGUAUGUUGACGUCGGGCUGGACGGGCUAGCUGCCCGGCUAGGUUGUUCCGGAGCCGUGCUGCGCUGCUUGCGGAGGCACGCGACCAUCUGGCACAGUGUGGCGGAGCGAGGAACCCGGUCAUGGAUGUUCCACUGCAACGGCGAACCCGCGUCCCCUCUGGUUGGGCGGGAAUGGGGGAGUCUGGGGCGUCUGCGGUACUGCGGAGCGAGGGCUCAGGUCGUCCCUCCUCCCUUCAGCUGGUUGGACUCUGCCUGGGGACGGCAGCUGACGUGCAGCAACCCGAGUGCUGCCGUCUUGUCCAGGGCGAAGCUACCAGCAGCCGCCACGCGGAGCCGACUGAGUGCCCAAGAGGUCAGCCACACUGAAUAAGAAGCCGGUUGUUACUUCUGUGAUUUUUAUUUUUCCGACUACUUUCUUUGCAACCCGUUACCACUCACCACCUCCGACUAGCUCAAAAUUAGGCGAUGAGUGUACAUACAGGUUGGUAGCAGGUCACGCAGUAAUUUGUACGCAAUGUUCGAUGUAUUACCUGUUUUUUUUUUUUAUUCAUGUAAAAGUUACAAUAUAUUCAGCACAACAAAACACAAAAAUUAAACUGUACAUCCAAAAAAAAAAAAAACACGGAGCCAUCGCCCGACCACUGCCUGCUCGGCCCGGCGCUCGAACAACGACCACCCGGACCAUGACUGCCUUUACAGCCUUCCUCCCUUUGUGUGGGCAGUGUCCUGGGCUCGCUGACGUGAUUCUCUGCCAAUCACGGCGCAUGGCAACAGAAACUUCCACAAAAUGCUUACUUCUGUUCCCACGAUGCAGAAAUUUUGUCUCUUUCUCACUCUCCUGUGACCGUGACUCACACGCCUAGCGUGUGAAACAAACCAUCGGUCGUGGAAAAAACUAAGGAGAAUCACGUCAGCAUGCCUUCCCACACAAAGAAGCCAGCAAAAAAAAAAGUUCCCACCCCCGCGCACUGUUUCACUUCCCUUACCGGACAACGGAAAGUAGUGCGGUCUGUCAGUGUCAUUGGCAACAUUUAUGAUUUGUCUUUUCGAUCAUGUGUAUAGCUCAUGCUCAGAAAGUUAUGUGUUUUUCUAGUGUUUUUGAUAAAAUAUGAUUUUGUUCAUUGUGUUUCAUUCUGCACCUUUCCGUGUUCCACCACUGACCACUGUUGUCCUUUAGGAGUAUACUAUAUGUGACUUGUACCUACCUAACUAGCAGUUUUUCCUUCAGUACGGUGACUUUGUUUUAGUUUUAAACCAUAUUUUUCCUUUUCUCACUGAAAGGAAUACAAGAUUUUCAUAAUAUUACAUACCGGUUUAUGUAAUAAAUUCUCAACAUGUCAUUUUCACUGAAUGCAGUCAGCCUUAAAAACUAGAUCUAUUCUUAAAACAAGGAACAAAUAUAGCUUAAGAGCAAGAAUGUAUGUUAUGCCCACCUUAUAAGUUGCACCUAGUAUAGAUGCAAAAAAUGUAAAAAAAAAGUGUUCAAUUAUGGGGUUUGUGUUACUUGUGUAGUUGAAACAAACAAACCAUGGGUGUUUUCAUCUCUGAAGACUGAUUUUUACGUGUAAUUAGACUGUAGCAUUUUAUUGUAAAUUGUAAUUAUUAUUAUUGUUGUUAAUGUAUUUUGAAUCAUGUUUAGUGUAAAUGAGAAGGUAUAUAUUCCUACUUUUAAACAAAUGUAUGUAGUUAUUCAUUUAUAUAAGUUAGGGUGGAUUUUUUUUUACUCAAAAAAAUUGUGUGUGGAAACUCACAAUUUUUUAAUUUACGCAAAUGUUUAAUGUUUUUUGUAUAUUCUUAGUGUUUAUUAUCAUUUUAAAUACUAGGUCAACAUACAUUAAUGUUAGACACAGUAAGGUUAUUUAUAUUAUAUCAAAGUAUGAUGAAAUCAUUAUUUAAGCAGUAAAAUAUACAUGGUAAGAAUGUUUUGAUUAGAUACGUAAAUGUUUUUGAUACAUUUUUAAAUUGUUACUGCCAAUUUUGAACUUGCCUUGCUAUAGUGAACAUUUGCUUGUAGUAGAAUCACAACAAUUAUAUAGCAAACAAGAAUGUCUAAGUUUGUAUUGGUAGUUUUACCUAUUAUACUUCAUAAAUAAAUAAAUAAACUUGGUUGAAUUAUA